UUUGGUUCAAGUGCUGCAACCAGUGGGAAGGAUCAGACCAGUGGAGCAACACGAACGGUAAAAGAAGAGCUAACCUCUGAUGAUGAGGGACUGAAUGAGGACACCGAUGAGACAGAGAGCAAGAGUUUGAUUUAUGGAAAUGACCGUAGCAAGGUUGGAGGGGAACAUUCCCAGGCUAGCAGAGUCGGUGUUCAGACUUGUAGAGUCACAUAUGGUGGUGUUGAUGGAGCAUAUUACACAUCUACUAGAACCACAAAGGCAGGCACUGAUGGAGUGGUGGUUGAGGAGACUAAAGAAGCAGAUAGAACAACAGGUCAAGCAAAACAUAGGAUCUCUAGAGGAAUUCAUGACAAGGGUCACUCAUUUACAAGGAAGCUUAAUUCAUAUGGUGAUGUGGAUACAUUGGAAACUUUACACAAUCUAAAUGAAGAUGAGCUUGCUGGUUUUGAAGAAGCUUGGAAAGGUAAUGCUAAAGGGAAUUUGUAUGACGGGGAAGAUGGAUUUCAUAUGCAUGGCAAUGCAGGUUCUAGUAGCAGUAAGCAGAAGAAGACAGGUUGGGGAGGUGGGGCCCUCCCAUCUGUAGAGCACUACUGGAAAGAUGGAGGAAUGGGACCAGGCAAUGAAGGCUGGAACAAUUUUUCUCCUGGGGGAACCAAAAAUGUCGUUAGAAUCAAUAUAGAAUAAAUUAUAAUGUUGGAGUAUUUUACUCGUACCUUCUUUAACAACAAGAGUUGUAGGGGACUGUAUGCUAUCCAGCCCCGUUGUUUCUGCAUGUUAGCUGUGUUAGCAGAUGAUCGAAAUGUUACGUACCUAGGGUAUGUGACUAAGGGUAUUAUUAAAAUUAUAUUUAUGCUAUCUUUAAUAGAAUAAUUAGGUUAGGUUUUUAAAUAAGGUAAUAGUUUAAUUGCCUCUUGGAAAGAAUUAUAGAUUUUUAUUAUUAUUAGGAAAAUAAGGAGUCUUGCUCAUAAAGCAAUAUCUCUAAUAGGAAAUUAAGGGAUUUGUCUCCCUUUAGAAUUAAUGUUUAUUAUUUAGGGUUUGUAAUAUUUAUUUAAUUAUUGUCCUGUAAUUCCAACUUUGUAAACCUAUUAAUAGGGGUAUUGAAUAAUGAAU